AUGGAGGUGCACGGUGAACCCCAGUCCAGACCGAGUUCUUCCUCGUUCCCCAAGGAUGGCUCCAGGGUCUCGGUGUCCAAGGAGCUGCUAACGGCGGGGAGCGGCGGCCGCGGAGGUAUAUGGGACAGAUUGCUCAUCAACUCCAAGCCUAAUUCCAGAAAAAAUUCCACGCUUCAAACAGUUCGGAUAGAGAGGAGUCCUUUAUUGGACCAGGUACAGACUUUUCUCCCACAGAUGGCUCAGGCAAAUGAAAAUCUAAGGAAAGAAAUGGCAGCUGCACCUCCUGGUCGUUUCAAUAUUGAAAAUAUUGAUGAGACUCUUGGAAACAUUAUACAGAUGGACGUGGCCUUGUUCGAGAUGAGUCAGUCUGAUUCCAAAGAGGACAGUUCAGAAGAGAAGUCACACGACAGUUCCGAGGACAGCUCCGAGUCUGAGGAUGACGAUGACAACAGCGCCUCCUCUGAAGUCACCAUAGAUAACAUUAAGCUUCCUCAUUCAGAAGAUGGAAAAGGCAAGAUAGAGGUUUUGGACAGUCCUGCCAGUAAGAAAAGGAAACAAUGAAAUAAGCGGCCUAAGAAGCAGGUGAUCUACGCCUGCUAAUUCUGUGGACGAGAAGGCGGCUCAAUGGUUAUUUCGCAUUUCAGGUAGAUGGUGCUUUUGUGUCAUACUGAAUGUGCUUUGUUUCUCAGGAGAAACGGGCUGGCUUUCAAAGAGUUGGAAGGGGGGCAUCUGGGAAUCUUCUAAGAGCAGACUGUCUUUGCUCUUAUACUGCAGAGAUUUCGUUUAGAAAGCUUAACUUUAUUUUUGGUGAUAAGUGAAUUUGUUGGCAUCAUUUUUUCUUCAACAUAGACCAGACAUAUCAAACUUAUUUUUAUUUAUUUUUAUUGAUUUCUUAGAGAGAGUAAGGGCGAGAGAGAGAGAGAGAAAUAUCAAUUUGUUGUUUGACUUAUUUAUGUAUUCAUUGGUCGAUGCUUGUAUGUGCCGUGACCCGGGAUCUAAACCACAACCUUGGCGUGUCAGGACAACGCUCUAACCAACUGAGUUACCUGGCCAGGGCUUCAAACUUUUUUUAAAUUAAAAGUAUAAACCACCUGUUCAUUUUAGUUUUAAAUUGUUAUUUUGGCUAAAACAACCUAGGUGGGUUUUUUUUUGUUAUUAUAACAUCAAAUUUGUUAGCAUCACAGUGGGUUUAGUGAGGGAGAAAUUUCUAAGAGAAAUCUUAUAAUAAAAAGAAUUACUUAGAUAUAACUGUCCUCAGGCGUAUCUCCUUUCAUAUAAAGAUAUAUUGCUUUUCAGUUUGAGCUGGAAAACUGGUUCUCUGGGGGUUUAAUCACUGUUGGUAACUGUGGCCACUCAAUGGAUAUAAAACUUACUGGUUGGAAAAAUUCAUCUUUUUUUUUUUGCCCCCAUAAAGCCAACAUUUUUUUCCUCAGCUACUAGAACUAUUCUGCACAGUUGCCCACGGUUUGAAACCUAUCAAAUGUAGAAAAGGGGACCCCACAGGAAAAACGGCACAGAACAACAACAACAACAAAAGCGGUUUUCCCAAAGGCAAAAUGGUCUGUGGAGUCAACUUUCUGCCUCAUUCUUGACCUUAUGAAGCUGUGUUAGACCUUAUCCGCCAAGGGGCUGGCUUUGCUCAGGAUAGGGACCCGAGAAUUUAAAGGACUGUCUUCAAGUUGGUUGCUGAUGGGAUUUUGUCCCCUAAUGUUCUGGGGCUCUCUCUUAACAAUUUUUUUCUAUUCCUCACAUUAGCCUUGUAAAUACGCUAAAGAUAAUUCUCAAGAUUCUUUCUGGUAUUUCUCACUGGAACCUGGAACCAGAUCUCCCAGGCUGUGCCUCACUAGAUGUAGGAAGAAAUGAAUAGAUCAGGAAACAAGACUUCUGGGCUGGAAAGGGUAUCAUUCUAUACUUCGUAGCACCAAACACAACUGUGAUGAAUUACUGGUGUAACUAUUUUAAGAUUGUCUUCUACCAGAUAAUUUAUCCUACAUUGGAAUAGUUGCAUCUGUCUGGCUCACUGCUUAGCAUGGUGCAUGGUACACACAGGUACUGAUAAAUCAAUUAACAGGUGUCUGAUGACAUUUUAAGCCGUGGUAGGCUACUCCAGGCAGGGGGGUAUGAAGAUGUAAUUUUACAGGAAAUACAUACCAAGUAGAAAUAGACUGAAUGCUCACUGAAAGAGACUAGUCAGUCUGGAAAGACAUAUCAGUAUGUAGAAUUUAAAUAUUUUUCUCUUACCAUGGCUAUCAUAUAAUAGAACUAGGCUUCCUAUACAGUUAAGGAAGUCAACUAAAUUCAGGUCCUCUGGACAUUUUUAUGACACAGAAGAAAAAAGAAAAAUAUAAAUAUUUAAUACAUGAUAAGGAUGUCAUUUUAAGUGAAUGUAAAAUGGAAGUUAUUUAAUGUACAAUGUCAGGACUGGCUAACUAUUUUUAAACAAGGUUAGAUUCUAGCCUCCUACCAUGUACUAAGAUAAAUUUUAUAUGAAUUAAAGAUUUAAAUAUAAAGAAAUAAAAUCAUAAGGGUUCCAUACUAAAACAGAGAAUAUUUAAUAAUGUAGUUGGGCAAAAGCUUUUCUAAAAAGCAGAACAUUAAAGCCUGAAGUCACAAAGGAAACGGCAGAAAAUCCAUCCACAUAAAUAUUAAAAACUAGUGGGUGGCAAAGAAAUUUAAGGGGCAGGGGACCAACUGGGAAAAAUAUUUCCAAUAUUUCCAUUAGUGUAUACAAGGCUCUUACAGAUUAGUAAAAAGAAAAUCAGCUUAAUAUCUCAAUAGUGAAAAGACCAUAGGAUGGGAACACGUAAAAAAAUGUUCAACCCCAUUAAUCAAAGAAAUGCAAAUGAAACCAAAAUUGCAUUUUUUACCUGUCGAAUUGGUAGGUGAAACAGUACUUACUAAGCCCUUUCUGUGUGUCAGCCACUAUUCCAAGUGUACUUUUAAGAGCCACCACCAUUCAUGUGUGUAGAAAAAUGUUUCAAGUUGUACAUUUAACAUUUGUGCACUUUAUGUAUGUUUAUACCUUAAUUGAAAAGCAGUUUGGUUUGUAAGCAGUUUGCCUUAUAGUCUAAUAGGAAAAUAAGUCCCUACUGAGCUUUGGUUGGUCUGACCCUGUACUGUCUCUUCCUGAUGCUCAGGUGUGGUUGACGGCAGUCAUUUGGAGAGUGGUUCUGUCCCUGCCAAGGUUGAUGAAAUGUUCUCUUCUUCAAACUUGUUGGGUGGUAUGUCAUCUAUGGCUCUGUGAGUUAUAAAUCAGAAAAUUAGGUGUAAUGGUCUUUGAAGCAAAAAUGUCAUUCUGAAUGAAUUUGCCAUCUGUUCUCAUAAUACAUUAAUUGUGCAUCAGAUAUGGUACUUAUACAAAAAAAUGCCUUGCAGAGUAGUUUGUAGUUUGUAUUCUUGUGCCUGUGUCCACUACUAUGGUAGGAAAGACAAGGAAAAAGUUGAGUCUUUCAUCUGUAUUUCCC